CGCUCUCCGCCCGAGCCCCGCCGCCUGGACCCGGAGCUCCUGGAGACGAGUCGCGAGGGCGCCCCGCGCUCCGGGGUCAGGAUAUCAGGGCGCACGGGUGCUGCCAAGAUGCUCCGGGGCCCCUGCUCCGCCCUCCUGUUCUGGGGGCUCCUGGGGGCCCUCCGUGCCCAGCAGCAGGAGGUCAUCAGCCCCGGCACCUCUGACAGAAACCACUGCCCAGAGAAGACCGACUGCCCCAUCAGCGUGUACUUCGUGCUGGACACGUCGGAGAGCGUCGCCAUGCAGUCGCCCACCGACAGCCUGCUCUACCACAUGCAGCAGUUCGUGCAGCAGUUCAUCAGCCAGCUGCAGGACGAGGCCUACCUGGACCAGGUGGCCCUGAGCUGGCGCUACGGCGGCCUGCACUUCUCCGACCUGGUGGAGGUGUUCAGCCCGCCCGACAGCGACCGGGCCUCCUUCACCAGGAGCCUGCAGGGCAUCAGCUCCUUCCGCCGGGGCACCUUCACCGACUGCGCGCUGGCCAACAUGACCCAGCAGAUCCGGCAGCACAGGAGCAAGGGCGCCGUGCACUUCGCGGUGGUCAUCACCGACGGCCACGUCACUGGCAGCCCCUGCGGGGGCAUCAAGAUGCAGGCUGAGAGGGCCCGCGAGGAGGGCAUCCGGCUCUUCGCCGUGGCGCCCAGGCAGAGCCUGCUGAACGAGCAGGGCCUUCGGGACAUGGCCAGCACGCCCUUGGAGCUCUACCGUAACAACUACACCACCAUGCGGCCCGACUCCGAGAUCAACCAGGACGCCAUCAACCGCAUCAUCAAGGUCAUGAAACACGAAGCCUAUGGAGAGUGCUACAAGGUGAGCUGUCUGGAGAUCCCCGGGCCCCCCGGCCCCAAGGGCUACCGCGGACAGAAGGGUGCCAAGGGCAACAUGGGCGAGCCAGGAGAGCCUGGGCAGAAGGGACGACAGGGAGAUCCAGGCAUCGAAGGCCCCAUUGGAUUCCCAGGACCCAAGGGUGUUCCUGGUUUCAAAGGAGAGAAGGGUGAAUUUGGAGCUGACGGGCGGAAGGGGGCCCCUGGCCUGGCUGGCAAGAACGGGACCGACGGACAGAAGGGUAAGCUGGGCCGCAUUGGGCCUCCUGGCUGCAAGGGAGACCCCGGGAGUCGGGGCCCCGACGGAUACGCAGGGGACGCUGGCAGCCCUGGGGAGCAAGGGGACCAGGGCACCAAGGGAGACGCUGGCCGCCCAGGACGCAGAGGACCCCCAGGAGACAGCGGGGCCAAAGGCAGCAAGGGAUAUCAAGGCAACAACGGGGCCCCCGGAAGUCCUGGUGUGAAAGGAGCCAAGGGCGGACCUGGACCCCGAGGACCCAAAGGCGAGCCCGGCCGCAGGGGGGACCCAGGAGCCAAGGGCAGCCCAGGCGGUGACGGCCCCAAGGGUGAGAAGGGAGACCCUGGCCCCGAGGGGCCCCGGGGUCUGGCUGGAGAGGUUGGCAACAAAGGAGCCAAGGGAGACCGAGGCUUGCCUGGACCCAGAGGCCCUCAGGGGGCUCUCGGAGAGCCCGGCAAGAAGGGAUCUCGGGGAGACCCUGGUGACGCUGGGCCCCGUGGAGAGUCGGGGCCGCCUGGUCCCAAGGGAGACCCUGGCCGGCCUGGAUUCAGCUACCCGGGACCCCGAGGAACGCCCGGAGAGAAAGGCGAGCCUGGUCCGCGCGGCCCUGAGGGGGGCAGAGGCGACUUUGGUGCCAAAGGAGAGCCCGGGAGGAAGGGCGAGAAGGGUGAGCCUGCAGAUCCCGGUCCCCCUGGGGAGCCCGGCCUGCGGGGGCCGAGAGGGGCCCCAGGACCCGAGGGAGAGCCCGGCCCCCCUGGAGACCCCGGCCUCACGGAGUGUGAUGUCAUGACCUACGUGAGGGAGACGUGCGGGUGUUGUGACUGCGAGAAGCGGUGUGGGGCCCUGGACGUGGUGUUCGUCAUCGACAGCUCCGAGAGCAUUGGCUACACCAACUUCACCCUGGAGAAGAACUUUGUCAUCAACGUGGUCAACAGGCUGGGGGCCAUUGCCAAGGACCCCAAGUCGGAGACCGGAACCCGCGUGGGCGUGGUGCAGUACAGCCACGAAGGCACCUUCGAAGCCAUCCAGCUGGACGACGAGCGCAUUGACUCGCUGUCCAGCUUCAAGGAGGCCGUCAAGAACCUGGAGUGGAUCGCGGGGGGCACCUGGACGCCCUCGGCCCUCAAGUUCGCCUACAACAAGCUCAUCAAGGAGAGUCGGCGCCAGAAGACCCGCGUGUUCGCGGUGGUCAUCACGGACGGCCGCCAUGACCCCCGGGACGAUGACCUCAACCUGCGGGCGCUGUGCAACCAUGACGUCACGGUGACAGCCAUCGGCAUCGGUGACAUGUUUCACGAGAAGCACGAGAGCGAGAACCUCUACUCCAUCGCCUGUGACAAGCCGCAGCAGGUGCGAAACAUGACCCUCUUCUCAGACCUGGUGGCCGAGAAGUUCAUCGACGACAUGGAGGAUGUCCUGUGCCCGGACCCUCAGAUCGUGUGCCCGGACCUUCCCUGCCAAACAGAUGCACCGCGGCCUGGCGGCGAGCCCGCGGUCACCUUCCUCCGCACGGAAGAGGGCCCGGAUACCUCCUUCCCCAGGACCAUCCCCCUGAUCCAACAGUUGCUAAACGCCACGGAGUUCACCCAGGACCCGGCCGCCUACUCCAGGCUGGUGGCCGUGAUGGUCUACACCGCCGAGCGAGCCAAGUUCGCCACAGGAAACGAGCGGCAGGACUGGAUGGAACUGUUCAUUGACACGUUUAAGCUGGUGCACAGGGACAUUGUGGGGGACCCCGAGACCGCACUGGCCCUCUGCUGAAGCUGUGGGGGCUGCCCCGCCCCGCUGCGUUAACUCCCUGAGGCUGCUACCAUGCACUGAGGGCCUUAAAACAACAGAAAUCUAUUCUCGCUCAGCCUGGAAGCUGAAAAUCCAAGACCCCUGCCGUGGCAGAACCGUGAUCCCUCCGGGGGAGGGGGGGCCCAGGGAGGGUCCUUCCUGCUUCCUCCAGCUCCUGCCUGCCUCCAUUGCCACAGAGCCUGUCCCCUUUUGUAGCCUGACUGCCCCGCCUCCCUCUUCUAAGGAGUUUAUAGUGGCACUUAGGACCCACUAGAAAAUCCAGGAUAGUUUCAAAGUCAUAAUCUAAUUCCAUCUGUGGGGUUUUUUGUUUGGGGGGGGGGGUGUAAAAGAUCAUAUUCGCAGGCUCCAGGAUUAGGAUGUGGUCAUCUUUGGAGAAGCCAUCAUUUAGCUAAAAAUUGAGACAGAAGAGCAGAGCCUCGUAAAUCCACCCAGAACUCCCAGCUUCCCCUCCAGCUUCUGCCUGUGGUCACCCCUUGUGCAUUUUGGUCAACCUCCCUGGUUGAUGCAUUGAGGAAAAUGCCCCCAAAGCAGCCUCCCCCACGUGUCUCUGCUGGGAGUGACUGGGGAGUGCAGGGACCCAGAUUACUUGCUAGACAUCUUCAGCAAGUCCGGCUGCGUGGAUUUAAAGCAGAAGCUGCUUUUCAUCUGUGCUGCCCUCAAAUAAGCUACGUCAGUAAUAGAAGCUUCUUAGGGGAAAAAAAAAAAAAUCCUGCAACCGUUGCGCCAUCUGCUGGUAGCCUGGUGUCCACACCGCUUGGCGACACCCAGGAAGCGUCCUUCAGAUGUUGUGACCACAUCUCAAACAUUCUAUAAAAGCUGAAAAAGAACGUGAA